AUGCAGAAAGUUGAGGAGUUCAUUAGCGCAUGCAUAAAGCACGAAAGAUUUAAAGACGCAAUUUAUGCUGUAGAGUCUUUAAGCAUAAAGCAGCAGAAGGAAGAGUCUUUGCUGCUGGGGUAUUUAUUCAUGAGAAACAUGGAGCACCGGCGCGCCCUUAUGUAUCUGUCCCGAGACAGCUCGUGCUCGUCGCUCUACUACCAGGCGCUCUGCCACAAGCGGCUGAAAGAGCACAACCAGGUGAAGUACAUUGCAAGCGAGCUGCUGAGCCGGGUGCACAAGCCCGUGUGCAAAAAGUCGCAGAGCGCGCUGGAAAGUCUGUACGUUCUAGACAUGGACAGGUCGUUCAUACUUGCGCUUCUGGCGGAAGCAGAAGCGGAGACGGGUUGCCCGGAAAUAGGGCUGAAGCGCUGCCUCGAGUCUAUUGAGGAGGGCGGCCUGCUGUACACUGUGUACAGGCCUGUGCUCGACGAGAGCAUCCGGUCGGUGGGGAAGCAGGACAGGGGAAACGAGAACAUAUCGAACAGCGAGCUUAGGGAGGGCAAAAAGACGCGCGCCGACCUUCGCACAAAGGUUGACAAAAAGCUGGAGAGGCGGCAGGAAAAAGAAGAGGGCCGGGCCACCGAGUUUAUUAUAAAGAGCAUCAUGCAGGAGGCCUCCCUGCUGAAGAGAAUAUCUGCAGGCGUUCUGAAGGCAGUCCCAGACUACCUUUCUUUGUUUGACAGCCUCCCGAUCUACAGCGUGGCCAUGGUCGCAGUGCACAUAUUUGAGUGCGGAUACAUGCAGAAGGCAGGGGCUGUGUUUGAGUACAUCCGUGCCAGAGACCCCUGCUACCUAGAGACUAUGCACUACUACUCGAGCAUUCUCUGGCACAACCGGGAGAAAAGCCUUCUCACAACACUAAGCCGAGACGUGUUUGGCAUUGAUGCAGGGUCAUACGUGUCUUGGGCUGUGCUGGGGAACCACUUUAGUCUGAAAAAAGAAACCGAGAAGGCGCUGGAGUGCUUUGAGCGGAGCCUGGGAAUCAACCGGGACCCGUAUGUGCUGUGCCUGCUUGGGCACGAGCAGUUCAUGAACAGCAACCUAACCGAAAGCCUGAAGUGCUUCAUUGAGUCGAUGAAGAUCAAGUCAGAGAACUACAGCGGGAUUGCAGGGUGCGGCCUAAUAUACGAGAAAAUCGGGAAAAAGGAAAGCGCAGAGUACUGCUUUACACGGGCCAUGAUGGUGAACCCGCAGAAUGUGCUGCUUGUGUAUUUGAUGGUGAAGUAUCUUGUCUCGCAGACAAAGCUGGAGAGCGCGUACAGCCUGCUCCAGAAGCACCUGCACAUAAAGGAAAGCAUUAAAGACAUGGCGAUGCACGUCCUCAACGACCCAAAGUGGGUGGAAAGAGUGUACGACCGGGUGGCUGGCAACGAGCAGACUGCAGGGCUUGCCGGCUCACUCCUUUUGGAGCUGUCGUAUGUGCUGGUGUACAACGGAUACUUGCGGAGCGGAGAAAUUGUUGCGAAAGAGUCUACAGGAAAGGGCCAAUACUUCCUGGCGCGGCGGGCGUUUGUGUUCGACCUCAUAGUCUCAAAGGCGGCUGAAAGCACGCAUACGCCUGCUUAG